CCACGCUUCUCCCUCCACCUCCCCCCUCUCUCUCCCCCAAAGCGUUAGCGGCAACCUCCCUCUCCUCGCUCACGGAUCAUUCCACCGGCACAUCCGUACCACACGCAGCCGUUCUGUUCGUCGGUUUGGCGGCGAGCGGCGGAAGCACGAGGUACCUACCUAGUAUAUACAGAAGCAAUCUCUCCUUUCCUGUCCUCCUCUGCAUUGGUCUCCGGCCGUCCAUGCGUUUUCGCUAGCUGCCUCCCCGACCCGACCGAUCGAGCAUCGCAUCUCUGGAGUCCUUGCAAUCAAGCUAGGACCGGGAGCAGGACGUCGGUCAGCAGCAUCCUUGCUUCUAAAUGACCGAGGAGGUGAUCAAACAGGCUAUCACUUCAACAACUCCUGCAUUAGCGGAGUCGAAGAAAGAAGAUCUCCGGAUAAAUACCACUGAAAUCAUAGAUGGCAACAGUGUGCCGUCCUACCUGAGGAGGAAAGAGAAGCCAGUUCCACAUUACCAGAGAGCGUCCACUGGCUCUUGCCAUGACAACUGCAAACUUGGUAUUCAUCAUUCUUCCGAGUCUAAGAAAUACUCGCCUGUUCAUGGCUGGCGUCAGGACCGCGCGAACGCCAGGAAUGGAACACACGACCUGGCUCAGGCUGUAGUCAUCCCACAAGGAGACAAAGCAAGAAACAAGAGUCAGAUGCUGAAUAUUUCUCAUGUAAAAGAUGACGCUGGUCCUGGUAAGCCUGAAUUUACCAAGCAAAAGCCAUCACUGAAAGGAGUACCUGGUCGUCUUGAAAGCUCUCCAUGUGUAGAGUUGUUAUCAGAUGAAGUAUCUGGAACUGUUGUGGCUGGAAACCAGCCAGACUGUGCGAAGUGCCUCAUCAUCUCACUUGAUGACUUGUCAAGCUGUGGAGAUGGACAAUUGUCAGAAGGAGCUGUAAGCAUUGAGCUGGAUAUGCCGUUGGCCAUCCAGGACAGGGAUGAGUCUGACGAUCAUAGUACGGAUCAUUCUGCAAAUGACUCUGUAAGUUCAGAGAACAUGACUAAGCAGCCUGUGAUGGCAUCGGAGAAGCACAGACAAGAUAAGGACCUGACUAAACCACAGAGUUUCUCCCAGGGGUCUGUGAAACAGAACAGGAAAGCAACACCAAGUAUAACCAGAAGCAGUAUGUCAAAGCAGAAAAGCGGAAUAACAUCACAUGAGAAGGUUGCAGGUACAUCAGCUGGAAGCGCCGAUGGACCAAGGACAACGGCAAAAAAGGCAGAUCCUAGUGCUACUAACAAGUUCAGCCCGGAGAGGAAACUCAACUUGAUUGUCACAUCAACUCUUCCAAGGGUGAAGAAAAUCAAAGCACCAUCACCAGCUAGCGUGAUGGAAUCGUGUGCCAAACCUGCUACAAAUAAGCAUGCUCCAUCUCCAUCACCUCCUUCAGGGAAGCAAACUGAAAGAAAGAUUACACUGAAUAAUGUUGCCAAGAAUGCUCAAAUUUGGCAAAACAAGGGAGAAGAAAAGGUUACAUUGAGUCCACUGAAGCUGUCUCGUUCUACAGUGAGAGCAGUCAGGAAAGAAACUUCUGCUUCCCCAGUGAAGAGUAAGAAGGUUUAUGGGAUAGAAAGUUUUUCUGGGUGCAAGGAUAAAAUAUCAAAGACAGCUUCGCAAAAAAUACGAAAACCAGACGUUAACAACAAAGAGAGACAAUCUCACAAAGAAAAUGGGGCUAUUGCAAGAACUGAAAUUGCAGGAAGGCCAAAGAUAACAUGCACGCCCUCAGGCGUCAUCAUGAAGUCGCCUCGCAUGCUGAGGUUUCGCCGUGGCAAGGUGCUGAACCUUGGCAGCAACUCUGACAACAGCACUCCCAGACGAGUACAGUUCAGGCCUGCAGAUGCUACAGAUGACGUCAACAGAAGCAAGUAUCCUGCCAGACGCAGAAUCACCAAGAACAAUGAAGCUAAAGCUUCUGCUGCAUCAAAAGAUUCAGGUGCUUCAAGAGCUGAAGUUGUUGUCCUGAGGCAUCAGGGUGCCAAUGACAAAAAGAAGAGCGAGCCGCGAUUAUUCAACAAUGUGAUCAAGGAGACCGCGAGCAGGCUCGUUGAGGCGAGGCGGAGCAAAGUGAAGGCCCUCGUUGGCGCAUUCGAGACAGUGAUCUCGCUUCAAGGUAUAAAGCAAGGCAGACCCAGCAUUUCCUGACCUGAAGUUUGCCACGUGAAAUUCAAGUAAAUGUGGGGGUCUCUGGAGUUUCCAUGUUAGAGGUUUCCUAUUGGAGUUCUUGUGCACAUUCCUUUGCUUUGGGUUCACAGGCCUACAGAUAAGAAAAAUCACCGAAUAGGAAUAAUUUACUGUGCUGGUAUACUAAACUAAACUUUGUUUCAGUUUACCUAAUCCCAAGAGAGAUUUGCCAAAAUUGUCUUUUA